CACGCAUUCUACAAUAAGCCAUUAGUUAUAAAUCAGAAGUUAGAAGCUGGAAAUUGACCAAUGACAGUCGUCAAUUUCCAACUUUUAACUUCUGAUUUAUGACUAAUUAUGGUUUAUUAUAGAAUGUUACGUUUGGGAGAACUAUUGGAAGUUUCCUUCGCGUUAAUUGGAUUAUACUUUUAGAUCUAGAGGAAUAAUCCUAUCUCAUCGAAGAGAACUUUUGAUAGUUGCAAAACAAUAAUUCAAACAGUUGUUUACAUUUAGGACUUUAGUAACAAAGACACUGUGUUAACUAAGGCAACAGAAUAUACAUUACUGUGUUUGCUUAAAUAUUUGCAACAAGUAUGAAGCUGGCAACAUUCUUAGUGUUGCUUAUAUGUACGGGAGCAAGAAACGCUGACAUAGAUCCAUUGAAAACAAUUAUUUGGGGCCCAGGACUGAAACCAGUAGAAGUUACCAUGCGUGCAAGAUAUUUCUUUUUGCAACUGGUCGAUUCGCAUGGAAGAAAUUUAACAAAAUCUCCUGGUGAGAAUAUAAUCGCUGGGCAAGUAUAUGGACAAUCAAUUAAUGGUGCAUCAUGCCGCAUAUGGACUCAAAUCUUUGACUGCAAAGAUGGAAGUUUUAUUAUGCGCUACAAAGUUUUUAAUACCUGUUUUAAUGUUAAAAUUAAAGUAAAAAUCAAAGGAAAAGAGUUACUAGUAUCCCAUUCAGAGAUCAAAGGUCCUGUUUAUGAGGAAGAAUGUUACUGUCCGAAUCCAUCAAUCACUAACUGGUUGGAUCAUUAUCAGUGUCAACAAAAUUACACUCAAAUACAUCGUGAUUUGUCUCCAUUUUCAAAUAUUGACUUUGAUAAAAUACGUCAAAGCAUUAUCAAAAGAUAUGAUCGACCAACCAGUGUCAGCAUUUGUCAUUAUGUAUUGAAAUCUAACAGAAUUUACAGACAAUGUUAUGGCCAGUAUGUUGGCUUUAAAAUAUUUAUGGAUGCUAUAUUGCUAUCACUCACACGCAAAGUGAUGCUGCCAGAUAUUGAAUUCUUCGUAAAUUUGGGCGACUGGCCACUUGUUCCUGAUUCGGGACCGCUUUAUCCUAUUUUUUCAUGGUGCGGAUCUGAAAGUACGAAAGAUAUUGUUAUGCCUACAUAUGACAUUACAGAAUCAUCUCUGGAAGCGAUGGGAAGGGUAAUGUUAGACACACUCUCCGUACAAGGUAAUGGACUGCCAUGGGAAUAUAAGACUGAGCAAUUAUUUUGGCGUGGACGUGAUGCCAGAAGGGAACGCCUUGACUUAAUAGAUAUUUCAAGAAAACAUCCAGAACUCUUCAAUGUAUCCAUUACUAAUUUCUUCUUCUUUAGGGACGAAAUAGAUAAAUACGGACCUGCACAAAAUCAUGUGUCAUUUUUUAAUUUUUUUAAGUACAAAUAUCAGUUGAACAUUGAUGGCACAGUAGCAGCUUAUCGAUUCCCAUAUUUACUUGCUGGAGAUUCUUUGGUGUUUAAACAAGAAUCCAAGUAUUAUGAAUUUUUUUAUAAAGAUCUUACAUCUGGAUUACAUUAUGUACCUGUGAAAAGCGAUCUAUCGGACCUUGUCGAAAAGAUUCUGUGGGCAAAGGAACAUGAUGAGGAUGGAGUGAGAAUUGUUAAAUCUGCCAGACAAUUUACCAGGGAUAAUUUAUUACCACGUGAUAUAUUAUGUUACUAUACAGUUUUAUUUCAUGAAUGGAGUAAACGCUUAAAGAGUAAAGUUGAAGUAUUAAAUAACAUGGAAGAAGUACCACAACCUAGUCAUUCUUGUCAGUGUCAUUUUAAGAAUUCGAACCUUCGAGAGGAAUUGUAGUUUUGAACAUCUUUUUUUAACAUCAUUUUUUUCUAUGAUUUAUUUAUAUAAUGAAAAUUUAACAGAUUCACAUUACCAUACAUGUAUCAUCUAUUAUAGGUGCUCAAAAAUGCACAAUCUGUUUACUAAGAUUUUAUAGCUAAUUGCUUAUGUCAAAAAUAAAAAGAAACAUAAGCCUGAACUUGAAAAAACAAGAUAGUUGUCUAAUAUUUAAUAAUCUUCUCUUUUACAAUGCUUGUAUUAUACAACCUGUCAGCUAUUUUUCUAUAUAUAGCAUUUAAUAUAUUUUUUGUUUAUUUAAUCUAAUGUUAUGUCGCAAGAAUUUGAAUAAGAUACGUCAUUUGUACAAUUAUCAACAUCUUUUUCGAAAAAUAUUUAUGGGAUAAAUACAAGGCGUGGCGAGAUUUGUGAUAUUCUCUCUUCAAUUGUAUCGCGAAUUCUACUGCAAAUAAUAUUUAAUAUGGAAAAUUUAUAUUCAUAUUCAUUUCGGAAAUUAAAUACUUCCUUAUCAAUUAAGAGCAGUACUUAAAUAUAAAUAAAGAAUAAACAUUCAUAUAUACUCCUAUAUGGUAUUUGUACCAUUGCAUAUAUAGUUACAUA